AUGAAAAACUUUGCUAAAUUUUUGUUUGUCAUAAUUUUGUACUUUGCUCAUACAGUCUACAACACCAAUGCCUUUCGAGAGCAGUCACUAGCCUUAAAAGGAAAACUGCAAUGUGGGCAACGCCCCCUCAAAAAUGUUGGGGUCCAAUUGCUCGAGAAAAGAAAAUCUCCCUUUCGAGAUCAAGUGUUAGCCUCAAACAGCACAGAUGACGACGGCCAGUUUAUACUUGUUGGAGGAACUAGUAGGAUUCUCCAAAUAACUCCUGUGCUUGUUGUUGAGAAGGAUUGUAAUGGAAAAGGAGACUCAAUCAAACUCAACACUGCCAAGCCGGCCAUAGUGAAAGGAAAGUUACCCGGAGACACAUUUGAUAUUGGAAUCAUUAAUAUGGAUGCUUGGAAGAAACCUCAAUAA